AUGGGGUUUAUAAAUCAAGUACCAGCACUCCACAAGCCAUGGCACUUCCUUCGGACGUACGUGCUCACCAUCCCUCGCUUCGACCUGUUCCUGCAGGGCGCCAUGCUGAUCGUCAUCCUGCUGGACCACAACGUCUUCUUGCUACUGCAAAGGGAUGCAGACACAGGACUCACCGUACCCUUGACUCAAGAUUUUGUCCUCAUGGGAGUAGGGGGUGCGGAGUUCUUCCUUGGAGCAGCCCUGGCAUGGUGGGGGCGAGGGAAGAGGAACUUCGCGCUGGCAGGCUGGCUGACGGCGGCUGCGGCCUCAGGCCUUGUGGUGCUGGCCUUCCCAUUCGCGGAGCCUAACCCGCCUUCAGUUGAUCUCUGCGGAGGAGGGGUAAUCUCAGGGCAUUCAGGGUAUUCCUACGACAUACACCAGUUCAUCGUUCCUCGAACUGUCUUCCUCGUACUCACGGCGAUCCUGUGCGCCUUCGCCAAGAUUAGCAUCUGGGCGCACGGAAUGACGUAUCUGGACGAUCAUCAGCCGGAGAAUGGACCGUACUUUUAUGGAAUCCUCAUCUCCAUCCGCUUAUCCCUCGGGCUCAGUGGCAAGGACUGGCUGCGCGGGAGUGCCGUCCGCGACGACUGGUGGGAGGCGCAGCUGUCCCUCUCUAUGCUGACGCUUAUGUUCGCCGUCCUCUUCACUCUCUUCCCGAAGAGGAUGCACAAUAGUGAGGGACUCUUGGUGGAAGUUGAACCCGAUGAUGGCGGAUUCUUUGCAGCAGUCGGCAGAGUACUCAGCAGAAAAUACCUAAUUCUUCAAAUUGGCGCUCUUGGUUUCAUCAAUGCUGGACUGUUUAGUUUCGUCUACUACGACUGGGACUACAUUGAAGCAAGAUACCACGUGGAGGCUGCGCGGGCAGACCUACGAAGCCCUACACUGGUCGCCAGAACAUUCCGACCUCUCGUCAUUAUCUUCUUCGUCAUGAUAUUCCGCGUGCGCUUCUCAGUGCGGCGCAGUGACGGCGUCAAAGCGAACACAGCUUCGCGCGUCGGCGGCAUAGUGGCGAUCUUCGUGGCCAUCUUCUUUGCUGUCAUCGCGGCUAUCUCGUGCGACACUGGCGACGUUGCCGGCAUGGAGUAUGGCACGUUUGAGAGCCCGAUCUGCAGUAACCAAUGCUUUUGCGAGUCCUACCGUUACGGCUUCGCCCCAGUGUGCGCCCUGGAUACGAGUACCACUUACUUCUCGCCGUGCCAGGCCGGCUGCUCCGACUACGAGGACCUCAAUAGCUUCUUGGUUUUCGGCAACUGCACCUGUUCUACCAGCCUCGUGGUGAGAGGAGCGUGCGCGCUGCCCUCCUGUCACUUUGUCUACUCUAUUUAUCAAGUCAUCCUCACUGUCAUCCUUGCUGUGAGCGGUGCGGCCCUGCUGAUGCAAGGCAUGGUGUUCCUACGCGCGGUGCAGCGCCGCGACAAGCCCGUAGCAAUGGGCGUCAUGCUGGCUGCCAUAGGUCUGCUGGCGCAUGUGUUGGGACAUCUACUCUACAAGCUUAUUAGUCAUUUGACGUGUGCAUACUCAGUGGACGGCACUUGUCAAUUCCACCGCCCGACCAUAUUCUCUAUGGCGGCUGUCAGCGCGGGAUUCUGUUUACUCUCUGCCAUCGUUAGCAUUAUUGCGAGCAAAGUCGCGGUUAGUUCUAAAGGAGAAAAUGAAAGCAAUGGGGGCGUCGAUUUAUGAGUAAAAGGUGAUAUUUUUUACGUAAGGUGAAGUCCGUUAAAUGUAAAUAUUGCCCUCUUUGCUGUCCAUAAAAAGUAAUUUAAGCAUGGCUACCUCGAUCGGACUAAAAACAAGGAAGAAUAAAAUAUUUCCAUGGAAGAAACUACUAGAAUUAGUGAGAAAAGAAACUUGAUAUUGGUAAAUGACAAUUUUGUGAAUUGAUUUUUAUAAGUUUGUUGUUUUUAAUGUUUUUAGUUUUGCAUUUUUUAUAUUGUAAGUAAG